AUGGGUCCACCACCAUCUGUUUCAUCCUAUCAUCCAAAUUCUGUUGCACCAUCAACACCAUUUUCAACAGCUGCAACACCAUUUACACCACGACCAGCUGAUGUUUCACAUUUACAACCAAGUUUACAAAAUAUUGUAUCAACAGUUAAUCUUGGUUGUCAAUUAGAUUUAAAACGUAUUGCAUUACAAGCACGUAAUGCUGAAUAUAAUCCAAAACGUUUUGCUGCUGUUAUUAUGCGAAUACGUAAUCCACGUACAACAGCAUUAAUAUUUGGUUCAGGUAAAAUGGUAUGUACAGGUGCUAAAAGUGAAGAAGAUUCAUUACAAGCUGCACGACGUUAUGCAAGAGUUAUACAAAAACUUGGUUUUCCUGCUAAAUUUCGAGAUUUUAAAAUUCAAAAUAUGGUUGGAAGUGUUGAUGUAAAAUUUCCUAUUCGAUUAGAAGCACUUGUAUUAAAACAUUAUCAAUUUUGCAGUUAUGAACCAGAAUUAUUUCCUGGUUUAAUCUAUCGAAUGAUGCAACCAAAAAUUGUACUACUUAUUUUUGUUUCCGGCAAAGUUGUAUUAACCGGAGCAAAAGUUCGUCGAGAAAUUCAUGAAGCAUUUGAACGUAUUUAUCCAAUACUUAAAGUGGUUCGUGGUCGUGGAGCUUCGGGUGGACGAGGUCGUGGCCGAGGUCGAGGUCGAGGUCGAGGUCGUCCAGUAGCACGUGGUGGACGUCAUGGAAGUCGUCGAAUAGGUCGACAACCACGAAUGGAUAUUGAUCAACAACAAGCAUCUACAACUCCUAUUACUGAUCUUGAUAUAAAUGGUGAUUCAAAACCAUUUUUUGUCAAUGCAAAUGUAACAUUAGAUCAACAUAUUCAAGCACAAACAACAAAUUUAUCACGUUAUUUAGCAACUCUAUUUUCACUUGAUUUAAAUAGUGUUGAAAUUGGUCAAAAAGCUAAAGCAUGUGCAUUAGCUGCAGCUUGGUGUCGACAUGAUCAUAAAUUAGCAAAUAAUCUUUUACGUCAUCGACGUUUAUUUACUUUAACUGAAGUUCUUAAAGCUGUAACUAUGUUAGAUGCUGCAAGACAAAUACGUGUUUAUGAAAAAAAAUUAAAACGUCUUGAAUUAAAUAAAAUUAAACCAAAAGCAAUUAAAUUAGGAAAAAUAAAAAAUAAUAUUGAUAAUUUAAAUAAACUUAAACCAUCAAAUGGUUCAGCUAGUGGUGCUGUUGCACGACAUAUACAACGUUGGACAAGAACAUUAACAAAACAAGAAUUAGAAUAUUUUGCAUUACAUAUGCCAACUGAACCAUGGAAAAAAUUAGCUGAUAUUGUUCAUUUUAAUCCAACAAAAGAUUUUCCAUCUUUACCAUGGUUUUUACCAUUUUGUUUUGGUACAUCAGCACCAGCUGAAACAAUGGUUGCACGUUGUCGUGAUUUAACAAAUGAAAAUGUUAAUGAUUUAUUAAAAGAAUUUUCUAUUCCAUAUUCACAUUUAAAACAAUUUAAAGAACAUUUAAAUGAAACAUCAAAAGCUAAAAUUGCUGCUAAAGAAGAUAAACUUGAUACUAUUUUAUGGUAUUAUGAAGAUUUACAAUGUUCACCUGUUGAUGAUAUUAUCAGUGAACGAUUACGUGAUGGUGAACAAAUUACUUUACCUUAUGGUAAAUUAAUGGAACGUCUUUUACUUUGUCGAAUGUUACGAGAAGGUGAAUCAACAACAUCUACACGUUAUGGACGUCGAGGUGCUCGAAAUACAACAUCGAAUUCAUCUAAUCAACCAGCACAUCCAGAUAAAGCAAAAUUUUAUUCAGAUUUAUUGCCAGUAGCACAAGCUCAACUUGAAAAAAUUAAAUUACCAUUAGAAUCCCCUGUAGCUGUUAUUGGUGAUGCAUCAGGUUCAAUGGAAGUUGCUAUUCGUACAGCAACUAUUCUUUCAUCAUUACUUACGGCAAUUUGUUCAGCUAAACUUAAUUUCUUCAAUGAUAAAGUAUUUGAACCAGCAUUUGUUCCAAAAACUUUGGAAGAUGUUUUAUCAUUAGCACUUAUAACACAAGCUGAUGGAUCAACAGCAAAUGCUGCUGGUCUUGUACCAUAUUAUAAUGCUAAAGAAGUAAUCAAAACAUUUGUUAUGGUUACUGAUGAAGAAGAAAAUGCUAAUGGUACAAUAGCUGAUGGUUCAACAACAAGAUUUUUUGAAUUAUUUAUGAAAUAUCGUGCUGAAAUUUAUCCAGCUAAACUUGUUUUUAUUUCUUUUCUUUCUCAUCAACAUGCACAAGGUCAAAUGUAUUCACAAUUUGUGAAUGCAAAUGUGCCAGACGUUCUUCAAUUCAAAUUUAAUCGUGAACGACCUGAUUUAACUAAAAUUGAUAAUUUAAUUGGUUUAUUAUCAACAGGUUCUUCAGCUUCAUUCGAUAAUAGUCUCGAUCCAUUGCAAGUUGAAUUUGAACAAAAUGGUAUUGAAUCCGUCAUAACACGAUUAGUUGAAAAACAAGAUGAAAAUUCUAUGCCAAUGGAUGUUGAAAUGAAUAAAACAACAGCUGCAAAUUAA